AUGUCCAACACAUCCGACCGUGCCCCGGUGGCUGACCAGGCCGAGUUCAAUGCCUGGUUCCCGUCCAAGUACUCUCUCACGCAGUACACGGCCCCCAAAACCGACUUUGACGGCGCCGACUAUCCCAAUGCCUACAAGGGCGGCAAGUGGAAGAUCCUCCUCAUUGCCACCCAGGAACGAUACCUAAAGAUGGCCGGCGGCGAGUUCUUCUCUACCGGCAACCAUCCCGUCGAGAUGCUCCUGCCCAUGGUCCAUCUCGACGCCGCCGGCUUCGACAUUGACAUUGCCACCCUGUCCGGCGACCCCGUCAAGUUUGAGGUCUGGGCGUACCCCAAGGAAGACGAGGCCGUCAAGAAAAUCUACGCCAAGUACGAGGACAAGAUCCGCAGCCCGCUCAAUCUCCAGGACAUCUGGGGCAAGAACGGCUUCACCACCGAGACGCCGUACCUGGGCAUCUUCAUCCCGGGCGGCCACGGCGUGCUCAACGACGUGCCCUUUUCCAAACUCGUCGGUGACAUCAUCCGCUGGGCGCACGACAGCCAGCGCUACUAUCUCACCCUGUGCCACGGUCCGGCGAGCAUGCUGGCCGCCAACGUGGGCAAACCCGAUGGAAGCAAGUUCAUCUACGACGGGUACGAGAUUGUCGUGUUUCCCGACUCGCUCGACACUGGCGCCAAUAUUGACAUUGGCUACAUCCCCGGCAAGAUGCCGUGGCUCGUGGGCGAGGAGCUGAAGAAGCUCGGUGUUACGCCCCUCAACAAGGGCAUCACGGGGCAGGUUCACCGGGAUAGGUUUCUCCUUACGGGCGAUUCGCCCCUGGCCUCGAAUGCAUUGGGCAAGCUUGCUGCGACUACUCUGCUUGAGGAUGUUGCCAAGCGCGGUUAA